CACAACAUGGUGGCAGCGUGGUAACGUGCGAACCCGUAACGAAGAAAAGGGACAAUCAAAGUCAAGUGCAUAAUCGCAAAGCAGCGAAGAAAGGUGCAAGAUCCGUACGCACGCAACAAAACGAGGAAGCGGUAGAGGACUUUAUCGCAGAUCUCUAUCGUUUAGCGGAAACAUGUAAUUUCGGCACAUUAAAAGAUGAACUUAUUAGAGACCAAAUUGUAGCAGGCAUUCAGGACCAAAAGCUAUCAGAAAUAUUGCAAUGUGACCCUGAGCUCACGCUGGAGAAGGCUGUCAUGAAAGUACGAACAAAAGAAGAGGUCAGAACACAACAGGCAGUCUUAAGAGGAACGGAGGUAGCAGCUAACCUCGACAGAGUCAGCAGUUCCCGCGGAACACGUGGCAAACAGUACGCGAAAGGCUUCCAGCGACAGCAUAAGAAGGACGAGGCAACAACGGCGAAACGGUGCACCCGAUGCGGCACGACACCGCAACAUGCAUUUUCCUCGUGCCCAGCCAGACAAUCUGCAUGCAAUAUUUGUAAAAAGACAGGACAUUGGGCGGCGAUGUGCAGAAAGAAAGCAGUACAUGAAGUGAGUAAAAAUGAUAGUAAGAAUGAAGCAGAAAAAGAAGACGAUAAAGAAGAUCUCUACUUGGGCGGCGUACAAGCAAUAAUAAAAAAAGAAAAAGAGGGACAAAGCAAAACACAGAAUACCGAAGACAAGAAGCAACAAAGAAACAUAGAUAGAAUAAGGACGAAGACAGCGCACUCCGAACCGCCAUGGAUGGCGCAAGUAAGCAUCAACGGAAAGGACGUAUCAGUCAAGGUAGAUACUGGAGCUGACGUGACGGUGAUAAGUGAAGAACUCUAUAGGCAGCAUCUAGUCGGCAUUGCAUUGACAAACGCAGGUAAAGGACUGCAAGUGGGAGACUCAAUACCUCUCAACGUGCUGGGUAAGUUGCAGGUUAAAAUAGAGUGGAGGAAUAAAGCAGCUAUUGACCACAUAUAUGUCGUCAAGGAGAACAUGCAGCCAUUGUUAGGCCGUCCGGCCAUUAGAGCGUUAGGCAUGUUAGACUGGGUAAUAGACAUGGUCAUUGCUGAAGUAAGUAACGACAAACCUGAAAGUGAAUUCAGUAAUGUAUUUGAAGGGUUAGGAUGUCUCAGAAAGUGCAAACCUUACCACAUUUGUUUUAAACCAGAUACCAAACCGUAUGCAGUAUCAGUACCUCGCAGAGUUCCAUUGCAUCUGAUGCACAAGGUCAAAGAAGAGCUAGAACGGUUGGAAGAGUUGGGCGUGAUCAGUCGAGUCGUCGAGCCGACGGAAUGGUGCGCACCGAUGGUUGCCGUGCUCAAGGCCAACAAGAAAGAUGUGAGGAUUUGCAUAAACUACACUGAACUCAAUAAAUGCGUUGUAAGAAACCGUCACAUCAUGCCGAGUGUUGAAGAAAACCUUGCUCAACUAGGAGAAGCCCGCUGGUUUUCCCUUCUUGAUGCGAACAAGGGAUAUCAUCAGGUGCCUUUAUGCAAAUGUUGCCGACAUGUAACUACUUUCAUCACGCCAUUUGGUCGCUACUGCAGUGAUAGACUACCGAUGGGUUUGUGUCCCAGCGCGGAGCACUUUCAAGAAAGUAUGUCUACAGUAUUGGAUGGACUACAAAAUGUGGUGAACCUAUCGGAUGACGUUCUUGUUCAUGGAAGAACUCUUGAAGAACAUGAUAAAUGUCUGCGUGCUGUAUUGCAGCGUCUAUCAGAGGCAGGUCUUACGUUAAACAAAAAUAAGUGUGUCUUCAGACAAAAGCGCGUAAGAUUCUUGGGAUACAUUGUAUCAGCGGAUGAAGGCGUGCAGCCUGAUCCUGAGAAAGUGAAAGCUAUAACCAGCAUGAAGAGGCCAACCAACACUAAGGAGGUGAAAAGGUUUUUGGGAAUGGUCCAUUUCCAGUUGAAGUUUAUAGAACAUCUUGCGGAUAUCACCAAACCACUGAGAAAACUGUUGAAGGAUAGCGUCGAGUUUAUGUGGGAAUCACCACAGGAAAAGGCCUUCAAAGAGGUCAAGAAAAGAUUGAUCGAAGCCCCAGCGCUCGCUCUUUUUAACACAAAUAAGAAGACAAGAAUUUCGGCAGACUCUUCGUCGUAUGGAUUAGGAGCAGUCCUGGAGCAAUUCGAUGAAGAACAAGAAGAUUGGAGGCCAGUCUACUAUGCGUCUAGAGCUCUAUCCGAAACUGAAAAGAGAUACGCUCAAAUAGAAAAAGAGGCGUUAGCAUUAACGUGGGCAUGGAAAGCUUUGAUGACUGCGGAUACACUCUCGCGGGCACCGUUGUCAGAUGCCCGUGACGCUGAGGAUUGCUUGUGUGAUGACGGCAUCGAAAAGUUCGUACAAGCAGUUGUUAAGAGACGGAUGUCCGACCAAUUUGCGAUCAAAAUACGUGAGAUGCAAGACAAGGACAUGGUCAUGCAAGAAGUUUUGAAAUAUGUACGAGAAGGAUGGCCGAGGUAUCGCAGAGAUGUACCAGAGAAGCUAUUACCAUAUUUCGAGGAAAAAGGUAUCCUGACGGUGACACCAGAUGGGACCUUCCUAUGCGGCACGCGGAUACAUAUCCCAAAAGGUCUACGCAACGAGGUGCUUGAGAGGAUACAUCAGGGUCAUUUAGGAGAGAAGAAGUGUCAGGGACGAGCCAGGCAAUCUGUAUGGUGGCCAGGAGUCAAUGCAGAUGUGCGAGCACGCUGCUUGAAGUGCACCAUAUGUUUGGAACAUCGUUUGCAAACCAAGGAACCUCUAAUAGUGACAGAACCACCUGAACGACCAUGGCAGGAAGUAGCAGUAGACUUCUGUGAAAGAGAAGGAAGACACUAUCUGGUGAUGGUUGAUUAUUUCUCUAGGUAUCCAGAGGUCGUAUACAUGUCAUCAACUACAGCAGCAAACACGAUCGCGAAGAUGAAGGAUAUAUUUGGGAGACACGGAAUUCCAGAGCAGGUACGCUCAGACAAUGGUCCGCAGUUCAGCAGCCAGGAAUACAAGCAGUUUGCCGAGAAUUUCGGGUUUGCCAUAGUUACAAGCAGCCCGAGAUAUCCACAGAGCAACGGGAAAGUUGAAGCGGCAGUAAAAACAGUCAAGCGCAUCUUGGAGAAGGAAACAGAACCUACUCUGGUUUAUUGGCAUAUCGUACUUCUCCUCUGGAAACAGGCAGCAGCCCGUUUAUGGGCGGGAAAGUUUCGCAGCAAACAGCAGUACGACAAGAGACAUCGAGUGCGAGAGCUACCAGAAUUGAUGCCGGGUGAACUGGUGUGGAUAAAGGACCAGCAAGCAUAUGGCACUGUUGUACGUCGUCGUACUGAACCAAGGUCGUAUGACGUACGAUACCCGGGAGGCUUGUUGCGACGCAACCGGAGUUUUCUGGAAUCAACCAGACGAACGAUGGAAGACGACGAUGAAGAUGAAGAUGAUUGGGGAACAGUAGCUAAUGAAGAUCAGCCGCGGCAGGAGGCGGAUAAAGAACCAGCGCCGGCUGAACAACCGGAACCCUUGCGACAAAGUAGUCGCCAACAUAACACGCCGAGAAGAUUACAUUAUCAACAAUUAGGGAAACCGACGUGUUAA